CUACUACUACAUUCUCCCACGUAUUUGUUUGCUCAAUACAUAUCUUGACCAACCCAAGCUAUAGAUCCUUCAUGGCACCUUCUGCAGCGUUGAGUGUGCUGAGCUCAUCGUUCCUAAUCCACGGCAUCCUUGCAUUUCAAUGCGGUCGUGCAUUUCGUGCAUGGACGGACGGAGAUGCCGCCGCCACCGCUGGUCACGUUGCCAUGUGCAAACUGCACCCAAAACUCAUGUACUCGAAACGAGCGGUUGAUUUCGCAGCUAGACACGGCCAUACAUCCACCGUGACGUGGCUACUGAGCCACCGCAUUGGCAUUGUAUCGUACUUGACAUGGGACUUUGCAGCCAAAGGUGGACAUCUAGGUGUACUGCAAGCACUACAUGCACACCAACCAAGCAGCGGCGGGUCUGCGAAUGCAUUGGACUGGGCAGCAGCCUAUGGCCACGAGGCUACAGUUCGGUGGCUGCUGGAUAUGUAUCCUAAGACGGUGGCGACGUCGUUUGCCAUGACUAGAGCAUCGAGUGAAGGACAUUUGGCGAUUGUGACGUUGUUGCACUGCAGCGGUCGCGUUCAGAAUUGUAAGACCUCGGCCAUGGACAUGGCGGCCACCAAUGGCCAUCUGGAGAUCGUCCAAUUCUUACACGUGCACCGCAUCGAAGGAUGUACGACCUCUGCCAUGGACGGUGCGGCCACCAAUGGCCAUCUGGAGAUCGUGCAAUUUUUGCACUCGAAUCGCAUGGAGGGUUGCACGACCUCCGCCGUUCACGGCGCAGCGUCCAAUGGCCACCUCGAGGUCGUACAAUUUCUACGCCACAGCGCCAUGGUGCACCCAGCGUUGGUUAUCCAAUUGGACCAAGCUGCCGGCAAUGGCCAUCUGGAAAUCGUUAAGUUCUUAUCGCGUGGAGGGCGGGCCACCACCAUAGCCAUGGACAUGGCGGCGGCGAAUGGACAUUUCGAAGUUGUGCAGUUCUUACACGCCACGCGGGUUGAAGGUUGUACGACCUCGGCAAUGGACAUGGCAGCGACCAAUGGCCAUCUUGGCAUCGUUCAAUUCUUGCAUCGUUAUCGGUCUGAAGGAGCUACAGUGCAAGCCAUGAACGGCGCGUCGGAAGGUGGCCAUUUGGAAAUUGUCCAGUUCUUACACGCCCAUCGAUCCGAGGGGUGUACGACCUCUGCCAUGGAUGCCGCGGCAUCCCAUGGCCAUUUGGAAGUAGUCGCAUGGCUCCAUAUGAAUCGACUCGAAGGCGGUACCACCCGUGCAAUGGACUACGCUGCACUGCAUGGACAUUUGGAAGUGGUAAAAUGGCUCCAUUAUCAUCGACCAGAAAUCGGCUGUACGACCUGGGCGAUGGACUGGGCUGCAGCAAAGGGCCAUCUGGAACUGCUUAUGUUUCUGCAUGAUCAUCGUCGCGAAGGCUGUACGAUGCAAGCUAAAGCCUGGGCGACUGCAAAUCGCCAUGCCACGAUUCUCGAAUGGUUAGCUAGCCAUGGUUAUUGUGCUUGAAAUUUCAAAAGAAGUCGGUUGUACAGUGUAAAGCAAAAAAAAUAUCUUGUGAUGAGUA